AAGAUUUUUGCAGCAGGCAAGACUUUUACCUACCCCUUCUCCGAUGCCCCACCACGAAGCUCUAUCAACCCGAAGAACCCAAAUUCGUAUUUUAUUUUGAUGACUUGACGAGACAUCAAUUACAAUUUGUUCAUCCUAUAUCGUAUACUAGAAAUUCACUACAGUGAGCCUUCAGCUACACCGAAGAUGUCGUGGCAAGAUUGGCCGGCCGACGACGGGCAGUACUGGAACCAGGACCAGUGGCCGCAGCAGAUGCAGGGUAUGCCCGCGCAAGCGGGCGGGGAGAACUGGCAGCAAGACCAGUGGCACGGCGACGCGGGCGGGGAUAUGGAUUUUUCGACGUGCUGGGGCGCGGCGCCGUCGACGUCCACCGGGCAGGGUGCGCAGAAGUACUUUGAGCCCUGGGAGGGCGCGGAGUACGCGUACUCGUACGAUCCCAAUUCCGCCAGCCACCCGAACAACAAGGUGCAAGCGGGCUACAGUAAGGGGAAAUACAAGCCCAAGAUCGAGUACGGCGACUUUUUCUACAUGGUGAUAAACGCCGACGGGGCGCCCAUGUUCAAGGACUGCAACAGCGCGAUUCCGGAGUGCGGGCGGGCCGAGCUGGGCGAGGUGAUCCCGUGCGACGCGCGCGCGCGGCCCGGGAAGGACGGGCUCAAGUACGUGCGGGGGUUCAAGGCCGAGUGGGUUUUGGAAACCGCCAGCGACCCCAUGGCCGGGAAAAUCCCGGUGCUGACCGAGGUGAACACGAGUGGUAACAAGAACGCGCAGCUGAAGACCUGCCAGUUCACGACGGUCAGGACCAUCCCCGUGUUCAAGGACCCCUGUGUCUACCUGCCGAUCAUCACGACCAUUCCCUCGGGCACGUUCAUCAAAAUCCAGGAGUUCGUGCAAUACAAGACCACCGACGGCGAGGAGAUGGUGAUGUACAAGCUGGACCCGAAGGUUGGCCCCUGCGUGGACGGGUGGACGCCGUUGAAGCUGCCGGGGAAUUUACUCGCGAUCUCGGAAACCAACCUGAAACACUCGGACCCGCCCGUGCACUACAUCUGCACCGUGAAGGAGGGCGUGUCGGCCAGGUGGGGCCCCACGGCGGACCCCGGCCAGCUCAUCCACGAGGCCGAGCCGCUCUGGUUCGGCACGCUGCUGGAGACGGACACGGUGGUCAAGCACAAAUACACGCACGAGGAGUACGCGCAGGCCUGGAUUCCCAGCAUCAACAACUACGGCUGGUUCCCCUGCAAGUUGUACGUGGAGUCCAACCACACACUGCACGACCUGCUGUCCGGCUGCGACUACCGCAUUGAGUGGUGGAGCUACAAGGUGGUCGAGGGCAACUGCGUGCGCUCGCUGCAAAACCCCUCCUGGCACAGCCAGAAGAUGAUGGGGCCGUUCAAGAAGAACACCCGGCUCGUCGCGUGCGAAAUCAUCGACGAAGGCAUCCGAAACGGUCGCCGACAGCCCUGCUGGGUUAAACUAGCGCCACCUCUAGCAGGUUUACUACGAUUUUUUUCUCUGCUUUUUAUUGAUGUUCUUUGCACGCUCGAUAGAGUGAGAAUCUUGAUCGCUUUUGUAUGUUUGAAAAUCCAUAUGUAUCAGAAAAUGCAACGCCGUCGCAGAAGAUUAUGAGUCAACGCGAACCGCCUAAUCAAAAGAAAAUCACUAAAACUCACUUGCAGGUUGGGCUCCGUGUUUCGAUCCAAACUGUACGAAGCGACUGCUGAUGCCGCUGGGACAAUCCGCUAGCGGCAAGGCUGAGUUCACCUCCAUGAUGCGAAAUUUCCACAAGCAAGGAGGCGAACCGAAAGACGUUAUGAAACAGAUGACCUCCAUGAUGAGCACGCAGCAGGACCGGAAGGCCCGCGAUGACGCGGCGAAGAUGGCGCACAGUAGAGACAAGAUAGCCGCCAUGAGCGCGAAUAGGAAUUUGAACGUCAAAGGAGAGCGCCGAAAGGCGGAUCAAGCGUUUCUCAAGGCACAUGGUCACUGAGCACUAGAUCCCCUAUGAUUCCGCAACACCAGUAAAAGGAAGAAGAACUCUACCCCUUUCACAACCGAAAAGUCACUUUGCGAGAAAGUAAAUCGGUGGACUAAUACCACCGUGCUAGGCUACGUACAUUGUUGUCGUGUAGGAACUUACAGCACUUCCUUACCCUCUGCCUCGCCCUCCAAGCAACAUUCAGAGGAUGUUCUUCAAUGUGAAGUGGCAUUGUCGGUGACGGAUAAGUAUUUACCGCUGACGCAAAAAAUCGGUCGAAAGACACAGAAGUCUGCAGGUACCGUAUAGAUACGUGGUUGAGACGUGGAC